AAUUUUUACAAGACCGGCAUAGUCUUCAAACAAAAUAGGAUACUUCAAACUGAGUACAGUAAAGAAUCCCCGAUUAAUCUAAGAUGGAACAAAACAGUGUUGUUGUGUUAUUAACUUAUUUUCACUAUUAGCCGAAGAAUACUUAUUUAUUAUGUAUAGUAUAAAAUUAUUUUACUUUAGGGGUCGUCCAUUAGUUACGUCAACACUUUUUAAGCAAUUUAUGACACCCCCCCCCCCCAACCCCUUGUCAACAACUGCCAAACUUUCAAUGACCCUCCCUUUUUAAUUAUGUAAAUAAAAAAAAAAAAAAACAAAAAAAAAAACACCAAAGUACAUAAAUAAAUUUAUAAAUACAAUUUACCUCCUGCUGAUUAGCAGAUGGCUGAUCUAUUUUAUUAAAUAAUGACAAUAAAAUUGUAGGAAAACCAUUUCAUUACAAAUAAAUAGAUCUUUAGCUUGUUAAUCAACAAGUUAAAAAGUUUUACACUUAAAUUUUAUAUUGCAGAAUUAAUUGAAAAGUUGUUAACGACUAAAUAUCAUUGUUUGUGGUAUAAAUAUGAUUAUUGUCAUUAAAGCUAACAAUUAUAGCAUAGCUUCUAGCUUCUAUAAUCUUCCCAAGGAGUAGCUAGGUUUGCUUUAUCGUAACAAUGGGCAUCAGGGACAUAAUUUGGGUAGGGCAGGAGGCAUUUGCAGGUUUUAUUUAAAUUGCUAUGUAUUGCUUUGCGGCUCGCAUUGUUCUUCGCAAAUGCAAUUUCGACCAUGCUAAAACACUUCUGAGAGAGCUGCGUUGGCUGCCGGUCUGCGCUUGCAUAGAUUACGAAAUUGCAACUUUGUGCUACCGCUGCUUACAUGACCUGGCGCCGUCCUAUCUCAAAGAGCUGCUGACGCCUUAUGUACCAACUAGACAACUCCGCUCAUCCGAUAGUGGCAAACUCUCUACUCCACGUGUUGGCCUUGAGACUUACGGAAAGUGUACUUUCGCAUUUGUUGGCCCAACAAUUAGGAACGCCCUACCUGUUGCUCUGCGAAACAAUCAGACACUGGAGUCCUUUAAAACCGAUUUAAAGACACAUCUUUUUCGCAAACACCUUCUGGGAUGUUGUUGUCUACCACAUUUUCCAGUUAAUGCAUAUUGGCUGUGUUGCUUAUUGUUGAAAUGGCUAGAAAGACUUUGACUUGGUAUGCUUGUAAUUAUUUUUCGUAGUGUUGCGUUUGUUUUAAAUUAUAGAUUUUUAAACAUGGUUGACUUUGUACCGCGGUUCGAGCCUUUGGGGAUGAAGUGUGUUUUUUCAAAUAAACUUUAUUAUUAUUAUUAUCAUUACUGUGGGUCACCUCCAGUAAUAAACAACUUAACAAGCCGACCAAGUUUUUGUUUUGCCCCCCCCCAAUGAAAAGACGCCCCUGAUGGGCAUAGUCUAUACUGGCAGAUUGAUCAUUUUAAUCUUGCAGCACUGAUAUACCAGACAAGUCAACAUCAUCCUCAUCUAACCAUUCAGCACUUAAAAUUACCAUACCUGCAACAGAAUCUACAGGUGAAGAGAGGCCGAAUUUUAACAAAGUGUGCUAACAUUCUGACCAGCCAUCUGCAGUGCACAUACACACAUUAAAUAAAUCAAAAAUUUUUAAAAGCCUAAAAAUUAUAUGACUAUUUACGCUCAUUUACAUUUAUAAAUUUUUAAAAAUAAUUUAAUAACCAGUCAAUUUUUAAGAUUAAAAAUUUAAUAGAGAAAGCAAGAUUGUUGACGUCAACUAAUCUAAACCCCCCCCCCCCUUGUCAACAACUGUCAAACAUUUCCAAACCCCCUAUUUUGUUGACGUAAUUAAUGGACCCUUACCCUUGGUAAGUUUUGUUAAGAUUAGAUCAGAUUGAUCAUUGAGAUUACUUACUUUAAGUACUUUAACUUUUUAUGACUUAUGUACUUAUGUCACUUAUGAAAUGUGACUAUUUCACUUAUACUUAGGGUAGGGCGACCAAAUCAUGAAGUGGAAAAAAUGGGACACACCCAAGGAGGGUUUGGGGGAUAGCCUCCAGCUAUAGAGGAGUCCGGGGGCCUCCGCCAGAAAUAUUGAAAUAUGCUCAUUAUAACUAUUUUCAGACCUAGAAAUCUUUUAAGGUAAAUUUGGAGAGCUGUGUUUUUUACCAUGGCCUCCAUCUUGGUUGCUGCGAACCAUGAACUUUAACAUGUUCACAGGUCGUGGCAACCAAGAUGGCGGCCAUGAAAAAAUAAAAUAACUCACAUUUGCUAAAAUUUGGAAUAAAACGUUAAAAAUUAAUGAAAAAAUUGUCCUAAAUGUAUCCCUAAACCUAACCUGAACCCUAAACUUAUCCCUAACCUUUGUUUUGACCCUAUCGGAACCAGGGUUUUAACCCUUGGAACCAGGGUUUUGACCCUAUUGGAACCAGGGUUUUGACCCUGAAAACUAGGAAAAUGAACAAAAACAAAUAAAAUGGCAAGAAAUAAUGAAAAUCCAACUUACAGUUUCAUGGAAUACACUUUUACACACUUUAUUUUAGGUUCCUCCGAAAAUAAUAUCCAGAAAAUGAAUGAAGCACCAUGCUGUCAUUUUCAAAGAUGGCGGAACACAUAGAAAUAUUAAAAUUAGCUAACCAAUGAAAUUUUAAUUAAAAUUAAUUAACCAAUAAAAAUUUGCCAUCGUUAUAUUAAUGAAAAUGUAACUCUUUUAACAAAAAAAAUAAGCAACUUAACAAAACACGCAAAUGACGUCAGGGUGCUAUCUCUCAAAAUUUGCCUUUUUUAAAAUUUACCUUCACUUUUGUAAUUUAAUUUAAACUCUGAGGCAUAUCAUAAACGAAAACAAUAAUUUUGCAGUGAAUAUGGUAGGGACACUGUCUUUUAUGCAGUGUCGGCAGAGUGGUAGAGGGAGAACAGUGCAGCCAUCAUGCGAGCCCACAUUACUACUGGCACUGGCUACGCAGGUAGCCAAAAUGUUACUUGAAGUUAAAUUAUAAAUUAGGAAGUUUAAGUGCUUUGAAAAUGUGUUUGGUUUUAGAAAUGGGAUAUUUAAGCGUCCCAAGAGACUUUUUUUGGGACACCGAGUACGAUUGUGAAAAAAAGAGACUAUCUCGUUUUUACGGGACACUUGGUCACUCUAACUUAAGGGCCAUCCAUAAAUGACACCACAUAAAUUUUGAUGAUUUUUGACCAAAAAAAUUACCCCCCCCCCCCAAAAUAAAAUCACCAAUCUCCGCCCCCCCCCCCCCCCUAUAUAAUUACCUGUGUCCACUAUUGUCCAUUACAAACCCUUAAGAAAUUCACCUCCCAUGGAUAUCAAAUUACAGCAACUGUGUCAGAAACAUUUCACUAGAACAGUUAGGACCAGCUCAAGGCGGGUACGAUGCGUGAUCAUUACACAGGCGGGCAGCGGCAAAAUAUGUUAGAAUUUAAAAAAAUAAGUUCUGAACUCUACCCAUAAUUUUCCAGAGGGCGACAAUUGCCUAUUUUCACCCAACCUUAAAAUGUCUAGCGCCGGCCCAGAGAACAGUGGUUCUAAACCAGGGAUAAAAGUACCUCUCCAGAGCUGAGGUGUGGAAGUCCAGAAAACUGCAUUUGCUCCGAUUGCUAGUUGUUGCUGCCUUUUUUAACAAAAAUAAGUUUUAUGCAUUUUGAUUAGCAGCAGUAAAUGUUUUUCUGGUGAAUUUGUUGCCCCAUUACUUGCAUUGGUAAUUUUUAUUUUUUUAAAAGUUAAUGAAAGAAUUAAAACCACGAUAACUAAAUUAUUUAAGCAUGCUUAAUUUUAUUACCAUAUAAUUUAUACAUUUUGGGGGUAAGGGGAAUGUUUAAAACGGAGUGGGCCUGCAGCACUGCAAAAAGGUUCAGAAUCCUUCCCCUACGCAGUAUUCCUAAUUCUAUGACUCCCGUGUCCACGUUUAGCCAUAAAUUUUCAUGACUGUCAUUGUAACUACACCCCGAUUCUCCUCCUUCCUGGCAUCCUGUAACUUGAACAGAGCCCAAUUCUCAGACCUCGCAUACUUGUCUGAUUCUCUCAGUGAUAGCAGUUUAAAAAUAAAAUGAUUUUAAUUGUUGUAGAAAAGAAUAAUGCUAAAAAUGUCUGUAAUGUCAUUUAUGGAUGGCCCUUUAUAAUUACAAUUAUAAUCAUAAUAAAAAGGCAAUAGUCUCUAUCAAGUCUCAUACUCAUAGUCAUAACAAACUUGGUUGCUACAAAGUCAAAAGGAGUGUUAGCGCAUUGUCAUUAUUGAUUAGGAGAUUAGUAGUGGGGGGUUGGGCUCUUAAAUUAAGACAUGAAGAAGGACUGAAGGUGGGGGAAUAGAAAAGACUAAGAAGGCCUUCGCCUUUUGGGCUUUGGGUGGAAUAUAAUUAUAAAGUAGUGUAUAUAAUUAAUAAUUUAAGAUUGAGAGUUGGCACCCGGCGAUGGGAAUCAAACCCCUUUUGAAAGCUUUUUCUGUUAGAAAUUUCGGUUCCUAAACAACUUAAAGUUAAUUUUUGGUUAGCGGUACAGAUAAGGCUGGCGAUUAGUUGGCAUGUUUUUGAAAUGAACUUUAUUAUUAUUAUAUAGGUAAUGGAGGUUCUUCCAGGCCUAUGUCUACUUCAGUCUCUUGCUCCGUAUUCAAGAGAUUUAGAUUUUUAUCUUUGUGUUUACUUACUUAAUGCAAGUUUGUAUGUUCAUAUUUUCUAUUUUGAAACUUAAAAUAAGUUUGGAUUUGGUUCAGUAACAACUAAAGUUUGGGCUUGGGUUCUAUUCGGCAACCACUGUAGUUCCAAGGAUUUUGGCAGUGGAAUUGUGGGUAGGGGAGGGGGCAUCAACAAAAGGGGUGAUAGGAAGCAGCUGCUUCCAAAACUAAGUUAGGUGGGGCGUAACGCUACCCCCUUCCCUGUUUUUUAAUUUAAAUUAAAAAAUAAAUAUUCCAAAGUUUAAAAAAACAACUCAAUAUGGGUGUGUGUGUGUGUUUAUGUUGUUUGUGAUUUUCGUCAAGAGAAAAAAAGUAUAAUUUAAUAAUUUAAUUGUUAAGCUUGAGUUAGGAAUUGAAUCCAAUCCUCUAGAAAAGAGUGACACAUGUUUUGACUGCACAGCCAUCCAACCGAACUCUGAAAUUUAAGACUUGAAACUAAAAUACAAAUUAUAGGCCUGCUCAAAUCAUUUUUUACAAUAAUCACUGGAUUUAUUUGCUGAAAAAGAUAUAGAAUUAUUGAGCUUUUAGCAAAAUUGCAAUAAUUUGUUUUCAAUAUUAUUAUUGAACAGUCAUCAAUAAUCUAAGAAUUUUUUAACUGAAAUUUUUGUACUUGUGUUACUAAUAUUCAUACUAAACUCCAGAAUUAAGCUCCAAUUCCAUGACUGACAUGUUCCAAACACAGUAUUUAAUAAGUACGGGGGGGAUGCUUGUAUUCCACCACCUGUUUGGGGGGGGGGGAGGGGGGGGGGGAUAGAUGCCUCUGGGUGGGGGGUGAUGAAAAAAUAUAAUUUUCGUUUACAAAAAUCGUUUAUAAACUCCAGAAUUAAGCUCCAAUUCCAUGACUGACAUGUUCCAAACACAGUAUUUAAUAAGUACGGGGGGGAUGCUUGUAUUCCACCACCUGUUUGGGGGGGGGGGAGGGUGGGGGGGAUAGAUGCCUCUGGGUAGGAGAUGAUGAAAAAAUAUAAUUUUCGUUUACAAAAAUCGUUUUGCAAUUGGGUUUGCUAGUUUUAAUUAAAGUGUAAGCGUUUCUGGCACAAGUGCUGAUGUAAGACCAUGUCGGUUCUUAAAUGUUUGUGAUAGGUUCAUUUGAGUUGGUUCGUACUUGUCACAUUGAAGUUUGAGUUGAGUUCAGUGUUGGUCAUUAGCAGGGUUGGGGUUCAUUCAUCCGCAGGCUUUGAGUUUGGUUGGGUCAUCAGCAGGGUUCAAGUGUGGUAUCUUUGGUUGUGGUUCAAUUGGCAUUUCUAGGUGAAAUGGUCGGUGCAUGUAGUUGUUACAGGGGCGGAAGACUUUGAAGAGAGUAAAAUAGCAGAGGGUUUAUACUGGAGGGGGAGAUUCUAGGCGAUAUGAUUAAGGGCAAGGCGUGGCAUGGGUGACGGGGUUCAUGUUUAUUUUUUUGGCACUAGGGGUAGGGGGAUCCUUUUCUUCAAAUGUAUCUAUAGAUAAAAAACUAAUUGAUUUUAUGUUUUCUAAAAAAUUGAAAUUUAGGGAGGUAAUUAAGAUAUACAUUGACUUUCUAUGUAUUUACAUUAGAAUUUCAGCUUUAUUUGAAAAUGUAUUAAUAACAUUUUUUUUUAGCUGCUCUUUAAAUAAAAGAAUGUCAUCUCCAAAGAAAACAUUUCAAAGACUGCCUCAAGAUGUUAAACCCACUCUCUAUAAAGUGAAACUUCAGCCUGACUUACAAGAAUUCAGUUUUACAGGAUGGGAAGAAGUCACGCUGCAGGUAUAUACUAAUUGUGACAACACAAAUACAUUUGCAAAAUAUAUAACACAUGUUCAGGUUCAUUUCUAAUUAAUUUUAUUAAUCUAUCAUAAUCUAUGUCAAACUUCUUAAUUUGAAAAAAGAACAAAUUUGAUUUUAUUUUUAAGUUUCUGGUAAUUAUUUUCAUAAUUAUAUGCUUUAUAAAAAAAACUGUUCCCGCUGCCCAUCAUUUUAGGGUAAAUUAAAAAUCAUUUUUGAAAUAAGGCAUAGUUAAGUAGCUUGUUGAACCCGACAUUAUCAAAAAAUAUUUUGUAAGUCAAUUAACUAAAGUUUCAACGCAGUUCAAACUUAAUAAUGGAAGCCAACAAAUGUAAUUAGUAUACAGUAUUUACGGUAAUAAGACUGUGGUAUAGAUUGACAACAAGAAAUGAUAGCAGGACGAAAAGGUACUUCUGAAGACUAGGAAAUCUUCAUAACCACAUCAGAUUACAAAAUAAGACUUUAAAUUAUUAUGAUUUAAAAUUGUUUUAAAAAUUACUAUUUGAUUGAAUAAUUUUACAAUACUAUAAUUUUUACUUUUGAGUUCGUCAUUUUGCAGGUUAUAUCCUCUACAAAUAAGAUUGUCAUCAAUGCUUUCGACAUAGCAGUGAAAAAAGUUUGGUUAAUAGGUAAUUUAACAUUUUUGUGUUAGGUAAUUUAACAUUUUUGUGUUAGGUAAUUUAACAUUUUUGUGUUUAUAUAUUCUUGCUUUAAAGUAAUUAUGAAAGAGAUCUUUAUUUCUGAGCAUUAAUUGUACUAAAUCUUUUGUAAACAAGUUUGUUCUUUUUGUUUUAUCACCUUUCCUCCCCCCUACAUUGAAAUAGUUGCUUUAUUAUUAUUGCAUAUUUUCAUUUACAAAAAAACGUGCAUUGAUGCUAUUUUCUAUUUAUCAGAUAAUGGAAAAGAAAAGAUUCCAGAAGUUGUGGUUAAUGAUGUCAAUGAAGUAGUGGAGUUUAUAUUUCCUUAUUACAUUUUGGUGAGACCUUACAAUCUUUUUUUUGUAUUUUGUUGUUGAAAAUCAAUGUGUAUGUUUUGUCGUUCAAAUUACAUGACUACAUGAACUCAGAUUGUGGUCACAUUUAAAAACAUGAAGGAGUUAGAAAAAUUCAAAUACAGCAUAAAGAAAAUUGAUAAAUAAAAAAUCUCCUGCUGGAUCAAUGUGGGAAACAAAAAGAACGAUUGAACUUUAAACAAAACAGAACCAAAUAGCCCAAGACAUCUACAUAGGUAAACUUAAAUUACAAGAAAAUAAUAUGUAUCGAAAAAAUUAUUAUAUACCAUUUUAUUUUUCCAUUUUUGAACUUAAUAAUGUUUAUUUUUAAGGCUGUCUGCAGAAAUUUUAUUCUUUGAUCUCUCCUAUGAAAUGGCUGGCUGAAAAUGAAAAUGAGGGUGGCACGGGGUAGAUUAUCCAAGGGCCCCAUUUCUUUUUUACUUGGGCCCAGGUGGUUUAACCCUGACCCAAAUAAUCUGACCCCCCCCCCUCGAGCUUCACAGCGAAGCAGAAUCAUUAUGUCCUGAAAGGCAAUCAAGCAAAUGAACAAAAUCAGCCAGUAUAUGAGCUUUCACUCAUAAACUCUUAUUCUCAGGCCUUUUGGGCUAUGAUUAUUAUGCUGCAUACCUUAACCUUAUUUAAGUGUUUUUGGCUUUAUUGCAGAUCACACAUUUUUUCUCUGUUUAUUGAUCUGACUUUAAUGUUUCUAGCCAGGCCAGUACCUACUGAACAUUGAGUUCACUGGUCACCUGAAUGAUCAGUUGCAUGGCUUUUACAGAAAUAAGUAUGUUCAUCAAAAUGGUGAAAUUCGAUAUGCUGCUGGAACACAUUUUGAGGUAACUAUUUUAUUCUUUGAACAACAAUAAUGAAGGAAGAAAAUUAAUAAAAUUGCUAACAAUACUUUUGUCUUUUUCCCCACAACAGCAAAAAAAAUUAUAAAUGGGGGAGCAAUAGGAUAACAGCGGAUCUCAAACCGUACCAAAACCAAAAAAAAUCAAAUUCACACUGGUCCUCACCCCAACUUAAGAAUAAACACCCUUGCAACUGGUUGGUGGAAAAACACAAAUUAGUGGGUUGAAAGCCACUGUCUUUGAACAGGUGACAUAGACAAACUUCAGAAGGCACAGAACUCCGCAUGCAGACUCAUUUUUAAAUCAAAGAAACACGACCACAUUCAACCACACAUGCAGCAACUCCACUGGCUUCCAAUAUCCUCUCGCAUCAAGUACAAGUCUGCCAAUAUAUGCUUCAACUCUUUCACUGACCCUCACUUUCCUGUCUAUCUCUCUGAACUGUUGCUUCCUUACAUCCCCACAAGACAACUACGCUCUUCAACUGAUAAUAGAACCCUCUCAAUCCCAAGAACCAAAACUAAGACCAUCGGUGAACGCUCCUUCUACUUCCAUGCGCUCACUUUCUGGAACCAGCUCCCCUUCCAUAUCCGUCAUUGUGAAACCUCGUCCACUUUCAAAAAGUCCCUUAAAACCCAUCUGUUUAGGUCCGCCUAUGACCUGUGAUGCACCCUCCUUGCCCUGCCUCAUUUUCUGUCUCAGAUUGAUCCUGUAUUUAUGUUUUUUUUUUCAAAGAAUAUGCCAAAACCUGCCAAAGUGUACUUGUUUUUAUAGCCAUUUUAAUGUUUUAGCUACUGUUUUUAUAGUCAUUUUUCACAUUACUACUCUAGUGUCUCAGGUUUUUCAUUUUUCUUUUACUUUAGCCGUUUCAAUAGUUUACAUAUUUUUAAUAAUUGUAAAGCGCUUAGAGCUGUAAGGUAAGCACUAUACAAAAAUGCCUAAAUAAUGAUAAUAAUACUAAUGUCUAUAAGAGAAAAAUGCACACCUACUGUUAAAAAAUUAUUCCCCCAAAAUAAUAUACAUCUUUAUGAAUAACUUUGAAAUGUAAGAUGAUGAAAAAAAUUGGAUUAAAAUAUGUGUAAAUAUUAUUUUUUUUAUGCUAUAAAAUCAAUUCAGUCAGCGUUCAAUUAUUAAAUCGUCUAAUAAGAAAUGAUUUCUUCCUUAAUGGAAACGGUCAUGCGAAUGCUUUCCAUUACAUUAUUCCAUAAUGGAAAAUAUUUGCAUGACUGUUUACAUUACAGAGACUCUAUUUUUUUAUUUAUUGUUUCCAGAAAACAAGAUGAUGCAUUUUGAAGUUGAUAUGGAGGAAUUUAUAUUCAGAGAUAAUUUACUGCAGAAUUAAAAUGAAUUUACAAUACAUUGAAAUUUUGACUAAUUUAUGAUGUUAAAAUCAAUAUACAAUGACACUUUUUGACAUACAUUUCAUACACUUGAUGUAGACUUGUUUUAUCGUCCUCUUGUUUCAAGAUCUUAUGAAACACAUUUUACUAAGCAAAAGCUGGGGAUGUCUGUCUGUUAUUUUGAUUACGUUGAUUUGAUAUUUUUAAUCCCCAUCGAAAAAAAAGGCAUGUUAGUGAAAAUAUGGUGUUUAUAGACGAAAUCAUUGUCCAUGUUAAACAGAACUGUGUGAAUUAACAUGAUCCAGGAUCCAGGGUCAACUAGUUUGGUCAUGAUUCAUUUGGAUUUUUCUAGGCAACUAGUGCCCGCAGAGCUUACCCCUGCUGGGAUGAGCCAGCCAUCAAAGCCAAGUUUGUGUUUACAUUGGUGGUGCCCAAAGACAGAUUAGCAUUAUCUAACAUGGCAAGUACAAUUUAAAAAGUAUACAAUUUUUUUAAAUAUAUUUUUCUAUAUCCUUUUUGGCCAUUGACUGCAGUGAUAUCAAGUAAUUUUAAUGUGACAGAAAGGUAUUCUAUGAACAGACUUUUGAGAUUGGCAUUGGUCUUCCACACCUGGCUGUGUGACACAAGGUUGCUGGUAUGAUCCCAGUCAAAACAGAUUGACAUUGGUCUGCCACACCUGGCUGUAAACACAAGUUUGCUCAAACAGCCUGUACACUAACAUACUCAUUCCUUCAACUUGCUCAAACAGCCUGUACACUAACAUACUCAUUCCUUCAACUUGCUCAAACAGCCUGUACACUAACAUACUCAUUCCUUCAACUUGCUCACACAGCCUGUACACUACCAUACUCAUUCCUUCAACUUGCUCAAACAGCCUGUACACUAACAUACUCAUUCCUUUAACUUGCUCACACAGCCUGUACACUACCAUACUCAUUCCUUCAACUUGCUCAAACAGCCUGUACACUAACAUACUCAUUCCUUCAACUUGCUCACACAGCCUGUACACUACCAUACUCAUUCCUUCAACUUGCUCACACAGCCUGUACACUACCAUACUCAUUCCUUCAACUUGCUCAAACAGCCUGUACACUACCAUACUCAUUCCUUCAACUUGCUCACACAGCCUGUACACUACCAUACUCAUUCUUCAACUUGCUCAAACAGCCUGUAGAUAAAGAGGAGCCAAGCCAAGAAAACAGUGCCCUCAAAGUUGUGACGUUUCAGACCACUCCUCUCAUGUCCACCUACCUGACAGCGUUUAUAGUAGGAGAAUACGAUCACUUAGAAGGGGUGACGUCGAAUGGCAUCCCUGUCAGGGUUUUCACGCCUCUUGGCAAACAGGACCAUGGCCAGUUUGCCCUGGAGGUGGCAAGCAAAGCUUUAUCCUAUUAUGAAUGGUAUUUUGGCAUCCCCUAUGGCCUUCCAAAGCUGGACCUCAUCACCCUCUCCGAGUUCGCCAUAGGUAAUUUGUUGGUUUGCUUUUUCUUUUUCUUUCAGCAUAGUUAAAUUAAAUUAAUUAAUGACACAAAGUACCUGUACAAGUGCUGAGCCAUUUUAGGUCGGUGCAGAAUAAAAAUUUAAUCAAAACAUUUUGUACAUUUUUGUAUGUCACAUUUUCAAAUUAACAAAAUAAUUUUGGAAUUUGGAUUGGGCUAACCAUAAGAGACUGUGAUAAAUCAUACUGAAAUAAGUUGUGUAAAUAAAACAGUAUAUGUACUUUUAUUGAUUUGGAAACAAAAUACAAAUAUAAAUGUUACGGCUAAUGCCUUCAUCCAUACAACAAAUAAUAUUAAUGCAAAUUAAACUCUACGUAUCUGCCUAUUACUAUUAUUAUUAAGAAAAUAAAAUUAUUUGAAAGAUUUCUAUAUUUCAACUCACCACUUGUCCGUCUCAAUGUUCAAGGCUGAAGAAGACGCCAUUUUUUAAUAUAGUCUCAGCUAAAGUCUGCGUACUCAAAAAGUAGAAUAUCCAUUCAAUAAUUUAAUCCGAAGUAAGUAAAACGAGUACUUUGGACAGUGCCAUCUACAGGAGUUGUUAGUUCACAAUGAAUGAUGACUCAGAUUUCCACAGGAGCAAUGGAGAACUGGGGUCUCAUCACUUAUAGAGAGACGGCCUUGCUGGUGGACCCUAAGAACUCGUCUGCUUUCAGAAAGCAAGUUGUCUCCCUUAUUGUUGCCCAUGAACUCUCUCACAACUGGUUUGGAAAUCUGGUCACAAUGGUAAGCUCUAGGAGUUACGAAACAAUGGUAAGCUCUAGGAGUUACGAAACAAUGGUAAGCUCUAGGAGUUACGAAACAAUGGUAAGCUCUAGGAGUUACGAAACAAUGGUAAGCUCUAGGAGUUACGAAACAAUGGUAAGCUCUGGGAGUUACGAAACAAUGGUAAGCUCUAGGAAUUACGAAACAAUGGUAAGCUCUGGGAGUUAUGAAACAAUGGUAAGCUCUGGGAGUUACGAAACAAUGGUAAGCUCUAGGAGUUACGAAACAAUGGUAAGCUCUAGGAGUUAAGAAACAAUGGUAAGCUCUAGGAGUUACGAAACAAUGGUAAGCUCUGGGAGUUACGAAACAAUGGUAAGCUCUAGGAUUUACGAAACAAUGGUAAGCUCUAGGAGUUACGAAACAAUGGUAAGCUCUAGGAGUUGCGAAACAAUGGUAAGUUCUAGGAGUUACGAAACAAUGGUAAGCUCUAGGAGUUACGAAACAAUGGUAAGCUCUGGGAGUUACGAAACAAUGGUAAGCUCUAGGAGUUACGAAACAAUGGUAAAUGGUAAGCUCUAGGAGUUACGAAACAAUGGUAAGCUCUAGGAGUUACGAAACAAUGGUAAGCUCUAGGAGUUACGAAACAAUGGUAAGCUCUAGGAGCUACAAAACAAUGGUAACAUCAUUAGCCAGGAUUUUUUUUUUUUCAUUAUGUUAAAAACCAAAAAGAAAAGGGACAACGCCAGGUUGAAUUUAUUAAUCCAAUUGUUCAGUUACACCUGAGCAAAUGAUGCUGCUUCAGAAAAUGCUUCACAUGGAUUAAAUACAAGUCUUUAAGAACAAAGGCUGUGACACACUUCUCAGGGAUUAAAUACAAGUCUUUAAGAACAAAGGUUGUGACACACUUCUCAGGGAUUAAAUACAAGCCUGUAAGAGCAAAGGCUGUGACACACUUCUCAGGGAUUAAAUACAAGUCUUUAAGAACAAAGGUUGUGACACACUUCUCAGGGAUUAAAUACAAGCCUGUAAGAACAAAGGCUGUGACACACUUCUCAGGGAUUAAAUACAAGCCUGGAAGAACAAAGGCUGUGACACACUUCUCAGGGAUUAAAUACAAGCCUGGAAGAACAAAGGCUGUGACACACUUCUCAGGGAUUAAAUACAAGCCUGGAAGAACAAAGGCUGUGACACACUUCUCAGGGAUUAAAUACAAGCCUGUAAGAGCAAAGGUUGUGACACACUUCUCAGGGAUUAAAUACAAGCCUGUAAGAGAAAAGGUUGUGACACACUUCUCAGGGAUUAAAUACAAGCCUGUAAGAGAAAAGGUUGUGACACACUUCUCAGGGAUUAAAUACAAGCCUGUAAGAGAAAUGCUGUGAAAGAAUUUGAAGAAAAAAAAAUUUGGAAUGUGUAUGUGGGUUACAAAAAAAAGUGUAACUCAAGACAAAAGCAUUACUUCCUUCUCUAGGCUGACAAUGGUUGCUUCACUUUUUUAGUAGGAUUUGUGAUGUUUUAUUAUAAGAAAUCAACUUUUCUCUGCCUGCCUCAGUCAAUAUUUUUCUUAUUAAAUCACUUAAAUGCUCAUUCUUAAUUGUAAUAUUUUUUGUAAAAGAUUGUGUGAUUUAAAAAUUAUUUUUUUACUAAAAUUUUAAAGCUUUGUGGCUUAGACCUGCCCAUGACAUGCCUGACACACCUGACCCACCUGCCCAUGACAUGCCUGACCAGCCUGACCCACCUGCCCAUGACCUGCCUGACCCACCUGCCCAUGACAUGCCUGACCAGCCUGACCCACCUUCCCAUGACCAGCCUGACCCACCUUCCCAUGACCAGCCUGACCCACCUUCCCAUGACCUGCCUGAUGCACCUGCCCCACCUGCCCGAUGCACCUGUCCCACCUGCCCAUGACAUGCUUGUCCCACCUGCUCAUGACAUGCCUGACCCCCAGACACUGGUGUCAAGUUACUUUCAUGCACCUUCUCAUAUAUUUCAGCUCAUUGAAUUUUACUAUUAAAAAAUGUAAAGAUAUAUCUCUGGCUUCCACUGUAACAGGAAUGGUGGACAGAUCUUUGGCUCAAAGAAGGCUUUGCCACAUGGAUUGAAUACCAGUGUGUUGAUGCACUUUACCCUGAGUUCAAUAUUUGGAAGCAGUUUAUCAAAGCUGAACAGAGCAGAGCUUUAGAGUUAGAUGCCCUUGACAGUAGCCAUCCUGUUGAGGUAUUUAAUUUUUUUUUUUUUAAAUAGCCAUGGCAACUUAAUUUUAAGUAAGUUCAUGCCACUACAUUAAAAUAAUGCUAAAAAAAAAAAAAACUAAUGUACUAUUAAAAUUUUAAACAUAAGCCACUACAUUAAAAUAAUGCUAAAAAAAAAAAGAACUAAUGUACUGUGAAAAUUUUAAACAUAAUCAUUGAAGUUGCACAGGAAGUGGAUGUUUAAUGAGGAACAGAUGAACUGAUUUAUUUUCAUCUAAAUUUUACUGCCAUCCAUUAGAUUUCCACAUCAACUGACAUAUCCUACACAAUUGAAAACAAAUUCCAAGCUCUUCCUUCUCAAUGCCUUAUAUAAAAUUCAACUAUAAGGCAAGUGGAAGAGAAUGCUGUGGUGAUGCAGGGGGGGAACAAACAGGGGCAUCAACUCUCAAACCAGUUUGUUAAGUUUGAGUUUUUAAAAUGAUAAAAUGUCCUAUUCACAACAAUUUUCAUCAGAAAUCUCAUUUUGCCAGGUUCAAGUUGGAAGUCCCAGUGAGAUAGAUGAGAUAUUUGAUGAAAUCUCUUACUGUAAAGGAGCCUGUCUGAUCAGGAUGUUACAGUCUUUCAUUGGGAACGAGGUGUGUCUCUAUAUUAAGUCAAUAAAUAAAAAUCAUUAAUUUCUGAACUUCAUUAUCCCUGCUCAAGUUUGUUAAUCUACCAAAUAAAUAAUUUUAAAAUUUUGGCAACUCUAAAUUUCAAACUUAUUCCCCACAUACAAGCAAGAAAAUAAUGGAUGAUUCCCUUUAGAGUGUUGUAAACUCAACAAAAUAAUGGAUUAUUCCAUUAGAGUGCUGUAAACUCAACAAAAUAAUGGAUUAUUACCUUUAGAGUGCUGUAAACUCAACAAAAUAAUGGAUUAUUACCUUUAGAGUGCUGUAAACUCAACAAAAUAAUGGAUUAUUACCUUUAGUGUGCUGUAAACUCAACUAAAUAAUGGAUUAUUACCUUUAGAGUGCUGUAAACUCAACAAAAUAAUGGAUUAUUACCUUUAGAGUGCUGUAAACUCAACAAAAUAAUGGAUUAUUACAUUUAGAGUGCUGUAAACUCAACAAAAUAAUGGAUUAUUACCUUUAGAGUGCUGUAAACUCAACAAAAUAAUGGAUUAUUACAUUUAGAGUGCUGUAAACUCAACAAAAUAAUGGAUUAUUACCUUUAGAGUGCUGUAAACUCAACAAAAUAAUGGAUUAUUACCUUUAGAGUGCUGUAAACUCAACAAAAUAAUGGAUUAUUACCUUUAGAGUGCUGUAAACUCAACAAAAUAAUGGAUUAUUACCUUUAGAGUGCUGUAAACUCAACAAAAUAAUGGAUUAUUACCUUUAGAGUGCUGUAAACUCAACAAAAUAAUGGAUUAUUACCUUUAGAGUGCUGUAAACUCAACAAAAUAAUGGAUGAUUACCUUUAGAGUGCUGUAAACUCAACAAAAUAAUGGAUUAUUACCUUUAGAGUGCUGUAAACUCAACAAAAUAAUGGAUUAUUACCUUUAGAGUGCUGUAAACUCAACAAAAUAAUGGAUUAUUCCCUUUAGAGUGCUGUAAACUCAACAAAAUAAUGGAUUAUUCCCUUUAGAGUGCUGUAAACUCAACAAAAUAAUGGAUUAUUCCCUUUAGAGUGCUGUAAACUCAACAAAAUAAUGGAUUAUUACCUUUAGAGUGCUGUAAACUCAACAAAACAGCAAGACUCAUUUAUUGGGAGUGCACACAAAAUAUAUAGACUAUAAAAUCCAUUUGCCUUGUAAUUUAACAUCAAGAGGAUAAGUGAAGCUUACCUCUUGUGGAAUAGUGGAGAAAAAAUUAUCUGCAAUGUUUAGAGAAGCAUUAAUGAAUUACUUGGACAGAUUUGUUGACAAAAAUAUUGUGUCUCGAAGUGAAAUGACAGAUUAUAUCUUUAAAUUAAUUAUUCAUUUAUUCUUGGCCUAAAAUCACAUUCUAUUUUGUAGACAAAUUGUAAACAUGUGAUCCAGGUUGUCUGAGACAUUGUCACUUUUAUUUGCCCAACCUGGAUAUAUCCAAUACUUAUCUCCAGAAUUUUCGCCAAGGCAUGAAGCUUUACCUAAAUGAACACAAGUUUAGAAAUACAAACACUAAAGACAUGUGGGCUGCUAUGUCCAAGGCCAGUGGUCAAAAUAUUGGUGCAGUCAUGGAUACCUGGACAAAACAGACAGGGUUUCCUCUACUCAAGGUAAUUAUCAUGUAUUUUUCAAGUAGCAUUAUCAUAUUCUAGGAUUUUGUUUUCAAAUCCAAAUUUACUUCUGGCAUAGGGUACGAGAAAUGUGGUCUCUCCUCUAUACAACGUGCCAUAUACCUUCUUUAUUGUUUCAGGUCAAAGAAAUAAUUGAUCCAAGCUCAACCAUCCGUCAGGUUAUCUUAACUCAGGAAAAAUUGGCAUCACAAGCUCCAUCAUCAAGUACUCUUUUUUUUUUUCAAAUAUUUGCUAGUUAUUUGUUAAAAUAUACCCUAUUCAACAUCAGAUUUUUUGAAAGAUAAGUUUCCAAUUUAAAUAUUUGGUCUUUUAGUUAGACACUAUUGUUUUGAAAGUGCUAUUGGUCUUUAUUAGAUCAUAACAUAGAAUUGAUCAAUGAUUGAUUUUUUUUUAUUUUUUUUUUUUGGAAAUGUAAUAAUUACUGAUAAUCAUACAAUAAAUAAAAAUUUAACUAAGUGCAAUAAAAUAUUUACCUGUAUUAUGAACCAAAUCCUAUUGCUGCCUUUGUUUCAUUCUUUCUUAAAGCAGGUGGCGCUUCUAAUCAUAGUUGGAUUGUCCCCUACUCUCUAACAUCAACCAAUAGUCCUGAUGUUCCAGUGGUGAAAGGUCUUUUAGAAAAUUCCAAUGUAAAGUUUGAAAUCUCUAACUGCAGUCCAAAUGACUGGAUAAGAGUAUGUAUUCGAUUAGUACUGAGAGAAGAAUUUCUACCUGUUAAAUUAAAAUUGUUUCAUCUAUAAGUAACCAUUAUUGGCUUCUUUUGCUUUUAACGAUUUUAAAAUGCUUAAAAAAAGUUUUCUUGGUUUAAUUUUAACACUUUUAAAUUUUUAUUUUUUUAUGACAAUAUUCAAAUGUUUUAAAAAGUUAUUAAAUGGAUAAAAAUUAUCUGACACCUCAUUAAUGGAAAGAGAGGGCUACUUCUUGAUUUAAUAUAGUAAAGACAGAAUAUAAAGAAUUUUUUUAUAUAAUUAUUUCAUUACAUUCAAACUUAAGAUAUUUAUUUUUUCCAAGAGGCUUAGUCAAAUUUGUUUCGGAAAUUGAGUUAUGGUUACUGAUGAUUUUUUUAAUGUUGAGUACAUAUCAAAUGAGGCAGAAAGGAUUAUGUCCCCUUUAUUUUCUACUUGAAAUCUUUAGGGAACUAAGUUUUUUCUUAUUUUCUCAAAAGUUGUACGUUUUGACCUGGCCUCUGUGGUCUAAACGCUUUUCAAUAGAAAAAAAUGAGUCUUUACUGCUGAUAAAGUCCAAGCAUUUCAUUGGCAGGUCAAUCCUGGGCAGGUCACAUUUUGCCAUGUCCAGUAUGAACCGGAUUCUUUGCAGAGGCUUGUAGCAGACUUAGAGAAAGAUCUCCUGUCACCAGAGAACAGAAUAGGUUUACUCAUUGAUCUCUUUGCUUUGGUAAGGAAAUCAAAAGACUUUUUUUCUCAGUUAUCAUUUUGAAUUUGCUUUCACCUAAUUAUUUCUGUACAAGUUUUCUUUGGGUUCUUUCCACUUAACAUUUUCAAAACCCAAAUAAUGAGAAGUACCCAGGCUCUUUUGUCCAUUAAAAUCAAACAAGAUCAUGUAAUGAUGCAACAUUGUAAGUAUUUCAUAGUAAAGAAUCAUUUCUUCCCGUCUCAACUUUGAUAUACAGAACAGUUAUUACAAUAUUUAUAAAACUAAUAGUGUGAUAACAGCUGAAUGCAAAGAUUAGUUACAAAUGAAUUCUGUUCUUUAUUCCCUCUUAAGUGCAGGGCUAACUACACUAGCGUUGUUGACGUACUCAAAAUCACAGAACAUUUUCGAUCUGAAAAAGAUUUUGCGGUAUGCAGCAAGUUAGCCAGUGGUCUGUCGGGUUUGUCUCCCCUUGUGCAGCACAUAAGUGAGGGAAGUGACCAGUGUUUCAAAAAUUUUAUGUGCAAGACUUUCAAGAAGAUAGGUGAAAGGUUGGGCUGGGACGAUUCAGACAAUGACAGUAAGUUCUUUUAAUUUUUUUAAAUAUUGUCUUACAGCUGCACUAUAGAAAUGAGAAACAAUGUUUCCUAGAGUAUACAAUUAAGACCAUAAACUAUGUUUUUAUGAUGGCCUUGCUUUCUGAUAUCUAUAAAAAAAAUGUAAAGGUCAUUUAUAUAGUAAAAGAAUUAAAAAUACUUUUGUUUCAUCUAACCAUAAAGUCAUAUUUUUUAAAUGUCUUUAUAGGCCACUCCACUAAGCUUUUGAGAGAGCAAGUCCUGAUACAACUUGGCCUUGCCAAAGAUCAAGAAACUAUUGAUGAAGCUCUCAGACGUUUUAGAGAUCACUGUACUGGGAAAAGUCAUCUAUCUGCAAACAUUAAAACACCUGUUGGUUUAAAUUAUACAACAAUAUAUCUUAUAAUUGUUGGUUUUCUUCUUCUUCUUCUAUAUCUUAAGGGCCCACGAUCAAUUUAUUGAUCACUUUGGCUCCUAUGCAUGUAGAUGGGAUUUGUAAUGUUUCUGUUCCUGGUGUUGAUGAGGAAAUUUCACUGAUUUUAAUUAUACAACAAUAAAUCUUAUACAUUUUUUUUACAAUUAUUAAUCACCCACAUUUUUUAAAAAUUGAAAUAGCAUGUUUAUAUAAUUUAUUAAAAUUUAAGUGAGAGUGCAGCAAUUAAAUACCACCUAUAAAUAGUUUUUGACAUAUUUUUUAAAUAUAUAAAUUAAAUUAAAUACAAUACAUUUUUCAAACUUUUAAAGCAGCCUGUUAAUUUGUUUAAAUAUUUUAAAACCCUUGAAAGCAUGCAAUUUGUAGUUGAAAGGAAUUGAAAUUUUGCACUAGCUCACUUACUUGGUUUAUUGCUGAGACUUGUUCCCCUCAUAAAUUUUAGAGCUGUGUAAGUCUCUCAAACCCAAAGAAAAUCAAAAUAAUUUAAUAAGAAUAAAUGUUAUCUGUGUGGUUUUUUUUAGGUCUACAUAACAGUAUUGACCAAUGGGGGCAAAGAUGUGUUUGACACUCUCAUGAAGGUAUUUAACUGAUUUGUAUGUCGUGUUGGUCUGUUUACACUUUUAUCACUCUCACCAGCUUUAUUUAAUUCAUUCUCAAAUAUUUGCCAAUUGAAAUUUUAUCACUUUACUUUAAUGUAUCUUUCUAAAUAUUUUUUUUUGAUACAAUCUAAAGGGAAGGUUUAAAUUAAUUAUGGCAUAAUUAAAUAUAUUUUCAAUUUAAAAAUGUCAUUGCUUAUAAAGGAUUCUUGAUCUAUAAAUAUGAUGAUUGCAGUUAAAGGCAAACAAUUUAUUUCAUGUUGAAUCAUAUAAACGUUCCUCUUUGCCCCUAACAGAUGCAUGACCUUGAAAAUUCCUUAGAAGAAAAGAACCGUAUCUCAAAAAUAUUGGGAAUGGUUUCUGAUGAGCAUCUGAUAAGAGAAGUUCUGGCAUUUUCACUCUCUGUGAGUUUUAGUUGGUCAAAAUUGAUUAAAUUAUUAGGGGAAAAGGAAGAAAGUGGCUGUUGAGAAAAUUAUUUAUUAGCCUUAUAAGAAUGACAGUGCAAAUACAAAGUUGAUUUUUUUAAAAAGGGGAAUGAAGAUUUAUGGUUUAAAUACUAUAUCAGGCAUUUAGGAAAGCACAACAAAAUGAAUGAUUAUGAUCAGUCACUAUUUAUUUUAUUUUUUUAAAACUCAUUCACUGUUGUGAAGAUUUUACUUGCCAUGAUCCCUUAGUAGAAAUCCUAUGGUCAAAAAGCCAUCACUAAAAGGGGCCUUAAUCUAACAUUCUUUUUCACUUUGUUGCUUUAUGGCCUUUCUCCAAGUGCACUUUUUUUUUAUCUAUGUCGGACAAAAGUCUAGGGUGUACAUGAAAAUGUAACUUUUUACAAAUCUUUAACAAAUUUUAGUCAUUUACACAGACAGAAACCAGUUUUUUAUGUUAUAUAUGCAUAUAUAGUUCACUAGGAUGUAUUGUGCAUAGCAGAUUUAUCCCUGUGAUUAUUAUUAUUUCAUUAUAAAUAGGACAAAGUUAGAAACCAAGACACUAUAGGUGUUUUGCAUGGUGCAACACAUAGUUUGCAAGGUAGACAACUAGUCUGGAAUUUCAUACAAGACAACUGGCAAGAGUUGAACAGACGUUAUGGAUCUGGCACCAUGCUUGGUAAACUUAUCAAAGUAAGAAUAGGAUGUUUUGUCAUUCAAGUUGUGUGUUAAUUUUGUUUGUUUAAACUAGACAGCUAGCUUCACUGGCUGCCGCUCACAUGUCUUAUAAGCUGAUGAUUGCUGUGGGUUUUUUAUGAAGUGCAAUUUUCUUGGCCAACUAUAACAUUGUCAAAAAUAAUUUGACACCCUAGGCAGCCUCUCAGCUCCUUUAUUUCAUUAUUACGUUUUUUAAAUAAAUGUCCCAUGGAAUUUUAAACUGAAAGUAUUACAGUAUUUAAUUUUAUGUCAGUCUGUGAAUGUUGUAUCCUUGCUCUGUGUCCCUAACUGUUUUCACACAUCCACAUAUCCAUUUACAGAUAUCCACUGAUGGUGUGUGCUGUGCUAAUAGAGUUAAAGAGAUAGUGGUAAGUAUAUAGUAUAAUAUUCCUUCCUUUUAACAGAUCACUCCAUUAAUGUUUUGUGGAUAAUGGUGCGCAUGGGUUGGGGGAACAUCUUGACAAUAUUUAAGGACACAUUUUUUGGUAGGUAUAAGAAUUUUUAGAUUGUUGUUAACAAUUAUAUUUUUUAAUCUAAGGGUUCUAACCAAUCCGUUUGAAUUUUUGUUAUAGUUAUAUUCAUGAUCAAGUGAUAUCUUAAAUCUUGAGCUGAUGUAGUUUCCAUUGUUUCAACUGUGAUCAUCACUUUUAAUUCCUUUCAUUUUGAGAUAAUUUUUUUUUAUCUUUUUCGGCCUCUGUGUUUGGUGGCUUUCAUAGAAUAUUAUUGAAAAUAAAUUGAGAAAAUUGUUAAAAAAUUUUUUGGGUGCUUACUUUGAUAGAUCUAGACAUUUAAUUCUUUUAUAUUUAAAAAUAAAGAUUUAGAGUUGACGUAGUUGACCAAUUAAUCAGAUUGAAAAAGAAAGUAAAAGCUGCUUCCCUUUAAACAUUAAAAAUUGUUAAAAUAAAGAAGUUUUUUAGUAAAAAUUGCUCAAGUAACAAAUGAGGCGGAGGGGGGCAGUCCAAAAUUAGUAAGUGUAACUACAAGGAAGGGGGGGGGGGGAGAGAGUUUUUUUUUAAAAAGAAUUUAAAGAAAUAAGGAAUUACUAAAUGACUACAACUAUUUGAAUGACAUGUGAUACUAUAAUUAUAACUAUAAUACUAUCGAAAACUAUUGCACUAAUAUUUUGUAUACAAAUAACAGGCUUUCUUUGAAGUUCAUGAAGCCAGAAGUGCGCAGAGGGCCAUUCAACAAGGUCUGGAACAUAUAGCAGCCAACGUGUCCUUGGUGCAUCAUCAAGGGAAAAUCUUGCUAGACUAUUUAACAAGUUACUGAAUCAAAACAUUAUUUUGCUUCUAAGCUAUCUGUUGCUAAUUGUAAAUUAAUUUCUAAGAAUGUAGUACUGUAUCAUGUUUUUAACUAUUAGAGAGAUGUGGGAAAUACAUACAAGUUUUAAGUUCCUCUACCUAAUGGGUUGCAUAUUUUUUUACCACUUUAUACCUGUCUAUUAUUUGAUAUAAUUCAGACCCUGUACUCAGAUUAUUGUAAGGUAAAAAAACUGAAAUGAUGUUGAAAAAUCCUUUAUCUGAAUUUUUUGAAGUUUUUAAUCAGUUUUUUUUUUUAUGGUUCUAGUUCUAGUUUUUUUUUUAUAUAGAUCUAUUUUAUUUUUUGUAUUACAUUUUAAAAUUUUAAUGUUAGCCA